AUGAUCCUGAUACAAAGGUCCAUAGCUCUUCAUCAGUUGUCAAAGAACUUUUGUCGAAGUCAGGCGCGCGCGAGAGUCGAUUUCUUGAAAACUUUGCGGUUGAAAACCGAUUCAUUCUAUACAAAGCCGUGUACGGAGACGCACCAAAUACGGUUCAAUUCAACGGUUCGUCAGUCACGACCAAAUUCAAAUGAUGAUAAAUCCUCAUCUGCAUCCGAUAGUGCGACACGAUCCGAAUGGGAGCAAAGUUCAAAUCAGCAGUCCCAGGGGGAAAAUUCCAAACCGAGAUCUUCUGGUGUCUUUAAGGAGAUUUUGAAACUUCUCAGGCUAGCGAAGCCCGAGUUUAAAUUGCUCGCGUUUGCCAUUGCAUGCUUGGCAGUCAGCUCGGCGACUUCAAUGUCACUACCGUUGAUUGCCGGGAGAGUGUUGGACUCGGUUAAAUCUCUGGAAGGAGGAAAUGAUAAAGACGAUAUUAAAAAAGAGAAGGACGAAGAAGGAACGAACGACGAUCCAAGAUCCAAGUUCUUUUUUGGACUUGACCAAACGCAAUUUUACUCUGCAUUGCUUGUGUUAUUUGCCGUGGGAGCAUCGGCCAACUUUGGACGGAUUUAUUUGCUUCGAGCCGCGGGAGAACGGCUUGUGGCAAGGUUGAGAUCUAGCUUGUUUUCCAAAAUCAUCUCUCAAGACGGAUAUUUUUUUGAUGUGGGACCACUGAAGACUGGUAUGAAAACUGGCGAUUUAAUCUCGAGAAUCGCCAACGACACGCAGAUUAUCUCGAGAAGUCUCAGUAUGAAUAUAAGCGACGGAGUCAGGAGUGUUAUUGACGGGGUAGUUGGGUUGAGCAUGAUGUGCUAUGUCUCGUGGAAGUUGACCGCGUGCAUGAGUGUUAUGUUCCCACCAUUGGUGUUGAUGUCCUUUUUCUUUGGACGGAAAAUCAAGGCCUUGUCAAAGUUGAUUCAGGAAAAUAUCGGAGCGUUGACUAAAGUCACCGAGGAAAGAUUGAAUGGCGUCAAGGUGAUUCAAUCUUUUGCCCAGCAGGAGUCCAUGGUCAAGAUUUACGAUAAGGAAAUCAAGCAAAUAUAUGACAGUUCUAUGCGAGAGGGAAAACUAUCUGGGAUAUUCUUUGGUGUGAAUGGAUUCAUCGGUAAUGUCACCAUGAUUGGAUUGUUGGUGAUUGGAACCAAAUUGAUUGCCAUGGGUGACUUGACUGUUGGUGCAUUAACGAGUUUCAUGAUGUACGCCUUGUAUACGGGGAGAUCGGUGUUUGGGUUGGGAAACUUUUACACUGAGUUGAUGAAGGGUAUAGGAGCAGCUGAAAGGGUAUUUGAAUUGGAAGAGUACAAGCCUAAAAUACCAAACAACGUGGGUCAAAAACAACAGAACCCCCACCAUCAAUUGUGCGGCGACAUUAUCUUCAAAGAUAUUCAAUUUACAUAUCCUUCUAGACCAGACAAGAUAUUUGAUAAUUUCAACUUGCAUAUCAAGAAAGGUGAAAACGUGUGCAUUGUGGGGCCUUCGGGCAGUGGUAAGUCUACAGUAGGUGAGUUGUUGUUGAGGUUUUACGACCCCGAUGCAGGGACAAUCACUAUUGACGACGACAACAACAACAACAACAACAACAACAACGAAGAGGACAAAAAGCAAGUGCAAAUCAAAGAUUUGAAUUUAAACCAAUAUAGAGGCCAGUUGGGAUUUGUGCAGCAGGAGCCAUUACUAUUCAGCGGCACCAUUAGAGAAAAUGUCGUUUUCGGAAAAGAAGACGCUACCGAUGAAGAAAUAGAAGAAGCUCUCGAGCUCAGCCAUGCCAAUGUCUUUAUCCGCAAUCUUCCACAAGGUUUAGAGACCAAGAUUGGUGCCGCGAACAAGACCCAGUUGAGCGGCGGCCAAAAGCAAAGACUUUCGUUGGCGCGAACCCUCAUCAAGAAGCCCAAGAUAUUGAUUCUAGACGAAGCAACGUCAGCCUUGGAUUCCAUCAGCGAAGAAGAAGUUUUGCAAAGCUUAUUGGACUUGAACAGAAAGGAGGGAGUCACGAUCAUUUCCAUUGCUCAUAGACUUACGACAAUAAAGAAUAGCGACCGUGUUAUAGUGCUUGACCAAGAUGGGACAAUUGUGGAAGAUGGGCAAUUCACAGACCUAAACAACGACCCCAACAGCAAGUUCAAUAAAUUGUUGAAAAAGAACGAACUCGAAUAA